AUGUCCUACAACUGCUGCUCUGGACGCUUUUCUUCCCACUCCCUGAGUGGCUGCCGUCGCUACCCAGUUCCCUUCUGUGGCUCUUCCUCCCCCAGCACUGACUUCUGCUCUCUCAGCACUUGUCAGCUGACCUCUUCUCACUACAGGCGCUGUCAGGAGACCUGCUGUGAGCCCAGCUGCUUCCAGAAGUCCCAGGUGGUGUCCAUCCCCUGCCAGACAUCCUGCUACCGCCCAAGGACAUCCAGGCUCUGCAGUCCAUGCCUGACGACUUACACUGGAUCUCUGG